CCGAGGCCGCGCUGGCCUUGCGCUACGUGCGUGCGGUAGGGCAGCGCCCAGGGGCCCGGGCCGCCCCGCCCCGCCGCUGGGCAGGGGGGGCCGCCGCCGCCGCUAAGUUGACUUGUCCGGUGCUGGCCGGCGCCCCCUGCAGCUCCCGGCCCGGCCUGGCGGGGAGGGCCUGGCGGCUGCCUGCCGGAGGGGAACUGUACCGAGCGCUGUAAGGCGGCUUUUGUAUGUCUAUGGAGACGGGCACGCCUGGCGCUGGGUGUUUUAUAUGGGGUGUUAUACAGGAAUAUAGGAAACACGGCUUUGCCCUAGCUGAUGCCCUUACUGUUCCCUUCGAGAGCAAGGUGGAAAGUUAGUAGCUAUAGUCUCUCCAGCAACUGGCUUUUUUUUUUUUAUUAUUAUUAUUAUCACUCAUAUUUUUAGUUGUACACACACCGGUUUUGUUUGUUUUUGGGUUUUUUUUCCUUAUUUCAGUGGAGGUGCAGACCACCGUAGCAUAAUGGGAAGGAGGCACUUUCAGAUGCGGUUACACGUUACGCUAAAAUCCUGAAAUCCUGAGUUUUGUGGCAAGAGGCACUCCUCCCUCGUCUCCCUCCUCCAGGCUCCCCACCCCAUGUGCCUGAGCUCGCAGUCCUGAAGCAGAUCAUGCAGCAAAAGAGCCGGUGGAGGAUACAGAUCCAAGCACUCUUUCCUUGACGAUGACUGAAAAAUAUCCUGUCCAAGACACGGGAGUACCUAAAGUCUUUGUCUUAGAUGAGGAGUACCUAGCAGAUCAAGUUACGUUGGAAAUUGCAUCUGUGAACAUCAAGACCCUUACGUCAGAUUCUGGCCUAAUCCAACAGCCAGAAGACAAAGACACACAAAACCACAGUGACGAAUCACUCUCCGAUCUCAAGAAAACCUGCAAGGAAAAUGGCACCUGCUCCUUGUGCUUAUUCCGCGCACCGACCAUCAGUGACAUGCUCAAUGAUGAGGACUUGUUGUACACAGUGAGGCUAAAGCUGGAUCCCUGCCACCCAACAGUGAAAAACUGGAGAAAUUUAGCAAGCAAGUGGGGGAUGACUUAUGAUGAAUUGUGUUUCCUUGAGCAGAAGCCCCAAAGCCCCACCUUGGAGUUCUUGCUACGGAAUAGUGACCGGACUGUGGAGCAGCUAAUUGAUCUCUGUAAAUUUUAUAAAAGAAUUGAUGUUGUGAAAGUGCUGCUGAAAUGGGUGGAGGAGGAAUGGCCCAAGAGAGGGAACAGAACUUACCAGAAUGACUUCUAGGUCAAAGAAAGUUUGUUAGUCCGUAUGUUUUUAAUGCUGGGACUAGCUGCCAUUAGUACAUGGGAAGUUUUCCUUGCAAGAAAGAGCGAGCUUGUACUGAUGGUUUAUAUCCUGUGUAAGCUUUAAGCGCUGUAUACACGUACAUAUAUGUUCUGUGCCCUCAGGGUUGCAAAGAUAACCUUCCAAAACUAGAUGGAAUCAUGCAGGUUGUGUUCUUGGGUCUACAGAUGCCUUCAGUUUCUUUGCUGCUGUUUGUAGGCUUCCUAAGCAGAAGAGGAAUGAAAAAAAACCAAAACCAGACCACUGGUUUUACUGCAGCAGCUGUGAACCAUGUCAAUUGCGUGCUGUUGCUGCUGUGAAAGCCACAAUUAGAAGGCAAGUCUCUUGGCCUUUCCGGCAGCCCUUCCACAAAUUAAUGUGUUCUACGUAGUAGAUGAUGAUGAGUUUUUAUUUUUCUUCCUUUUUUAAAUUUUUUUAAACGUUUUAUGACACUGUUUUUGGUGCAGGAACACAUGAGUGUUCCAAGCAGCGGUUUGGAUUUGCAUGUUGCAAUUAAUUCAAUGUUUCAACAUCACAUUCAGACAAAGUAAGCUUUAAAUCUCUUUUGUAAACAAGAAUAGGUGUGAAACAAAGCAAUUCAUUACAUACUACUACAUCGUAGGGCAUAUACGUGCUAUAGAAGAAAUCUUGCAAUUUGGAGAGAUGUGCCAGCCCAUAACCACUAGGGACCAAAAAAAAUCCCCUGAAAAUGCUUUAUGUUUAAAAUAACUUUUGAAAGUUUUGAAGACAAUAUGUACUCUGAGUGCAAUUAUCUGUUCAUGUCAGAUGCCUCUUGCUUUGCAGUGUGAGGUGACAGCUAAUGCCUCCCCCAGGGUGUCUCCUUAGGAUGGAGCGUAUCUUCCCUUUUCACAGACUGCGGUUUUCUUUACAGUCCUGUGGGCUGACCUACUUUCUGUCCCACACCAACGCAGCUGCACACUUGUGUGAAGCUAGCACAAGUUUAUGUGUUGGUUAAAGCCACUUUAAUGGGAAAUUAACAGGUGAAUUCAUCUACAGUCCAGGUGGAUGGUUAUUAAAGCACUUACGGUGGUUUAGACUGACUUUUCUCAAAGAACUUUGAUACUCUGAAUUAUGCUCUUUACAUUUUAAGUAUUUUAGGAAUUGGUCUUUUUCCUGCCAUUCUUCUGUGUUCUCAUUUUUUUUUUAAAAAAAAAACCUCCUGAAAAAUCAGUUAUAUGCUAUAUUAAGUACUUUUAUAGCUAUAACGCCACAUGCAAAUACGUUGUAUCUUAAAAAUACUUCUAGUUGUUACCCUUGCUAAAAGCAUCUCGGACAAUACUAAUAUGUACAUAGGUGUAUAUACCAAAGCACUGGUGAACAGUAUGUCAAGAUGUGGGGCAAAACUAGAAUGGGGUACAGGUUUACUUUUCUCCAGUAGAAAUAACUAAGUAGCAAAGCGGAGGGAAAUCUAAUGCUGUAUACUGAGUUUCUAACUGUAAGAGAAUGAAAAGGGACCUCUAGUAAUACUAUACUAAAGAUACUGAGUGAUACGGUUACAGAGGAGCUAGGAGUGAAGACUAACAUUUUCAAUGUCGGGAACUAGUUCUGGGGUGACAUUAAAUUAGCUUUAUUUUGGUGACUUCGAGAAGCUGAAGAUCUAGUUUCAAGGUGAAAAGGCUGACCUAAAUUUGAGGUUUGAAUUAAUUUUUUUUAGAAAGCUUGUGGAAGGCUGGAGUUUGUAAUAACUUUUUUUUUUUUGUAGGCAUUCCUCAGGAAAGCUGCUACUUUUUGGAACAGUAAGGUUUCUAGCCAUAUUUCAUAAAGAUGAAAUUGUACUGCUGUAUCUCGUUGGGGAUGCGGUUUAAAUGUUUCGUGUUUCUCUUCUGGGAAUGGGGUUUUCCGAUAGGUGUUGGCCAGCUCUGACUUUUGCAAAUCAUCUUUUAUCUUUAGUUAGGAGUUCUAGAAUCAGCUUUGAGGACUGCUGCUGUGGCUGGGCUGUCUGUUCUUUUCGGUUCCUACGGAGGCAUCCACCACAUAUGUGGGAACAGUCCAUAAUGCAGCUUGCCCAGCAUAAUCCCCCAUGCCUUGGGUCUCCUAUAUAUAUGCGUGACUUAGGAUCACGUGCUUGUGUGCCACGUUGUUCUUCUGAAUGAUGAGUGCUGGCAUGUAUGCCAGCAGCUUUUCUCUCCCAUAAAGUCCCGCGGCUAUAUGUGUGUGAUAUUGUAGUAUGCUGUCCUUUGGUAGGUGCAGUCCCAGCAAGGAGCUGGCACCCUCACCUAAGACUCACAAGGGGAAUAUGAAAUGAUGCAGCAGCAUUCCUGAAUCGAGAUGUUCAACUGAAAUCUACCCCUUUUUUUUCCUGUUUUCUGGCUAAAACUUGUAAAAUUUUGAAGAAACACUGUUGUCUUGUGGAAAUGAAUUCUAAUCCCUUGAAACUCUUGAAACCGCCACGUCAGCUGCAAGGAUUCAUGUCUGAUGGAAAUAAAGCUGCUUCUGGGAGGUCAUAGGUGGAUUCUGUAUAAAUUUUCAGCACUGAGAGUUGAAAAUGUUAGCUUUAAACUUCAUCAUACACUGGAUUACUCAUUAGUAUACUUGAAAUACUUUCCCUCUUUGUAUAGCAUGAAUUGAGAUGUACACACUUUUUUAGUUUUGUAUCUGUUUACAAGAUAAUGGGUCUGAGUCUUCAGUUUAUUCUUAUAUCUUGUUAUAAUGUAUACUAUUUUUAGAAGAAAUAUAGAUUGUCAAUUUUUGA